AUCCGCCUGCCAGAGCUCCUCUACUGGUCAGCUCAGCAUUGCUUUUAGGCUAUUUGAUUGGAUAUUUCCCUUUUUUCAGGCGUGAUCUCAUUUCCUGUACAGUGACAAGCUAUAUUUAUUUAUUAAUGUAUCUGCUCGGGCUAGAAAUAUAAGCGGCUGUCUUUAGAUGUUUGUGGAUGUAACAUAAGAGCUGGAUGACUGGAGACAGACGGAGUGUUUGUGCAACUGUCAGCGCGCGCCAUUGCACGGGAUGGUUUGCAAAACGUACAUGAGCGUUAUUCUCUGAUAAAAAGCGGCCUGGUUUUGAUGUAGCCCUGACCUACACAAACUCUGCAGAACUGCCUCUCGUGGACGUUUGAAGGCCUGUUGUUGAACUUUUCCUGACUGAGGAUGUCUAUCACGGACCAUAGCCCCACCACCGGGGUCGUCACAAUUAUUGUAAUACUCAUUGCCAUUGCCGCUCUGGGGGCUUUAAUUCUCGGUUGUUGGUGCUACUUGCGGCUGCAGCGCCUCAGUCAGUCUGAAGACGAGGAAAGCAUUGUUGGUGAAGGUGAAACCAAGGAGCCCUUCUUGCUGGUCCAGUAUUCGGCCAAAGGCCCGCGGGUGGAGCACAAGACCAAGCUCACCCCUAACGGCACCGAGAGCCACACCUAAGUCCUCUCAUCUCCCUUCACAAUGCAUACUGUGCUGUGUUUGUAGACUCCGUCAGUCUUAAAGAAUUUUAAACCUUACAGUGUCAAUCAACACUGAAAUGAACUGAGACGAAGCUAGUGCAUGCAGUUGUCUAGUUGCUUUGACUUGAUUUUUUUUCCAUUUUGUGUUGGUAGAGCCCUGUUAUAAUGUGAAAUUGACAACUGUCAGCGUUUUGUGCAAUGCUGUUUGUAAAGCCGUAUCUGCGUUCUGAAGCUAAAUCAAAAUGAUUCUGAGUUCUUUAGUGGUGUUUUUACUUGAUUUAUUUUUUUUCAUCCAGAGCUGGCUCUGCGAUUAAGAAAUUCAACAUGAGUUUUAAUGGACUGAUUUCAAAACCACGUCAAAGUUUUAGAUAGUUUUGAGGUUUUUAUCCAGUUCAUUCCAUUUACUUUUUAAAAAUAAAGGUUCGUUAUGCUUAUCUAUGGUUCCAUUGAAGAGCCUCCAUGGAAUUUUUCCAUUCCACAAAAGGUUCUUUAUAGCAAAAAAAAAAAAAAAAGUUGUAAAAGAAAAAGGUAAUUUUAAGAAUUGUUCACUUGUAUGUUUUUUUGGUAAACAAAAAUGGCUCUUCUAUGGCAUCGCUGUGAAAACUCCCUUUAUUUUUAAAUGUUGAAUUGCAAUACAAAAGAAACAUGUUUUUCAUUACAAAUAAGCACUUCAGGAUUCCAGAACUUGCCAAAUUAUGUAAACUGGCUUUUGAAAGCUCUUACAUUAUAUGUAGACAUGUUUAAAAUCAUGGUUUCAUUAGCACUUUUCAUCUUUGAUGUGACAUUCAAGUGAUUUUGUAAACUGCAUUUGCCGAUUCCGAUUUAAACCUGCUAGGAAACCACUAUAAGAAUGAAAGCCAGUGACUGAGGUCUUUUUCUUAUAUUAUUGUGACCCCAGAGGCGUUCGUUUUUCGUGGUUGAGCACAUUUCUACAUCGGAAGAAGUCAUUUGAAAGUGUAGAUAUUAUUUUUAUAGAUGGCUUAAUGCGUUCCUGGAUACUGAAAAGUCAUUGUCUUGUGUUUUUAACACGUUCCUUCAUAGUAUUAUUUUUUGUUUCAAUAAUUCCGAAUGUAUUUGUGAUAUCGCAGUGUUUGCUGUUUGUAGAUGCAAGAUGAAAGAGAGAAAUGAUUUAUUUUUAUACAGUAUUCAUGCAAAUGUUGUCUAUAGGGACAAAAUCAUCAGUCAGGCAUGUAGGGAAGUAGACGGUGAAGCUUGAAAAUGCAGCUAAAAUGAUUUGAUCGAUGUUUUGGGUUCUGUCAUUUGAAGUCGGCUGAUUUUUUUUGUGUGUGUAUAAUCUGCUGUUCAAUAUACAGAAAUAAACAAGGACAGUACAUGCAUGUUAAUUUAAUCUGCAUAUUUGAGAAAAGCAACUUCUUGUGAGUAAAGCGCCCAGUAUAUAGCUUAUGUCACUCCAGCCAGUGUGUCUGUCCAGUGUUUGACUGUACUGAACAAUAAAACCUGUUACUAGACAAA